AUGGGAAGAGAGGAGAAACAAGUAACGCUAGGUCCUAAUACUAAACUGUGCCGACUGUAUGACAAACUAGAAACACAGUUAAGGGCACUUAAAACUUUAGGAGUCACUUCAGACAAGUACGCUUCAAUGCUGUAUCCUCUGGUAGAAUCUGCUUUGCCCGAAGAAACGUUACGAGCCUGGGAGCGGCAUCGUUCAACUGAGUUGGAGAGUGAAGAGAGGCUGGCGCUUGCUCGUUUGAGUUUUAAAUCUGCCACUCCAGGAGACAACAACAGCAAAUGCCCCAGGAAAAUGUCAACGGUACACGAACCUCGUCAGAGUGAACCUACUGUAGCAACUCUAUUGACAACUGGUACAGAGGGUCCUAGAAGGUUGAUCAAGAAACAAUAUGCAGCCAUGUACCUAGGCUUAAGAGUGGAGAAUCCAGCAGAGUCGAUAACGGUUCAUCAAUUGCUGCAUCGCCCAGUGACAAAAGACAGUGGCUUAACUACAAAAAUAAAGCCAGUGUUUGAUGGGUCUACAAAGAACCAAAGAGAUAAUUCACAGCCAGAAAGCCGCUUCUUAAUCAAAAAAAUCAAUGACCUUCAUCUACGGCAGCUGGUUGAUAAGCCCACGAGAGUCACAAAAACAUCGUCCUCGCUGAUCGAUCAUAUAUUAGUGAACAAUCAGAUUGACUACUCAAGAUGUGAUGUUUGUGAGACAUGUCAAGCAGUAACAGUAAGAGAAGUAAAAGAUGCCAUAAACAAGAUCACCUCUAUGGCUGUUGGCAUUGAUGAGAUAACGAUCAGCAUGAUAAAGAUGGUAAGUCCGUACUGUAUUGAGGCCGUCACGCACCUGUUGAAUGUUUCGUUGGCUACGGGGGUGUUUCCGGAUAACUGGAAGGAGGCCAUUCUCAUUCCUCUGGCUAAAGUUGGUGCUCCCUCUUCUUUGGCAGAUCUUCGCCCCAUCUCUGUGUUACCCGCCCUCUCCAAGGUCUUGGAGACUAUUGUUGUCUCUCAGUUGGUUGAGUUCCUGGAGUUGGAGACAAUAAUUCCAGCAACACAGUCUGGCUUUUGUAGGGGGUACAGUACUUCAACUGCUCUGUUACUGCUUUGUGAUGAUGUCAUAAAAGCUAGAGCUGAAAAGAGGUGUACUUCUCUUGCAAUGCUGGAUUUUUCACAAGCUUUCGACUCUAUUGAUCACGAUCUACUGUUGGCCAUGAUGUAUCACUACAGAUUUGACCAGCAGGUAGUGUCGUGGUUUCACUCCUACUUGAACGGAAGAUGCCAAAAGACCAAAGUUGGAUCUGAGAUAUCCGCCCCCUUGCAAAAGUCCAAAGGAGUCCCACAGGGCAGCUGUCUUGGACCUGUCCUGUUUACUUUGUUUGCCGUAUCUAUGGGAAGAGAUUUGCGUCAUUGUCGGUUGUAUUCAUACGCUGAUCAUGCUCAGCUGGUUUUUCAGCAUGACGCUGACCCAGCAAAUCAGGCAGUCUCUGAUUUCAAUUCUGAUUUGGAUUCUGUCUUUGCAUGGUCUAUGUCCCAUGGCAUCAAACUGAACAGAGACAAAUGUUCAUUGGUGACUUUUUCUGUCAGCAGGAUUGUUCGGUCCGAGCCCCUGUCUGGUGUAUGCCUUGGUGGAAUUCCGCUCAAAGGUGUAUGCCUUGGUGGAAUUCCGCUCAAAGAGUGUAAAGCUCCCAAGCUUCUUGGACUUCAUUUUGAUCCUGAGCUCUCCUUUUCUGAUCAUGUACGUCUGCGAAAAUUUGAUCGAAUUUCAUCAGACCUCACAUCUCUUGGCUUAUUGCCUAUGGCUGACCUGUGCCUUUUGCGCACUUUCUGCAUCAUCCAGAGGGUACUGUCAGAGGAGAGACCUCAGUACCUGAAGGUAAGACUGAGAGCUCGCUCUGAGAUGCGAUCCCGUUGCAAACGGCAGGAUGACAUGCUGGAGAUGCCCCGUGUGCGCUCUGGGUGGAUGAGUGGAUACAAAAGUCGCCGGUUCGAUCCUGAGAAACAGUCGGAAGCUUUUAUAAGGUUUAUAGCUCGACCCACGUGUCCUUGA